AUGAGUGAAAGAGGCUCGGAGAUUGUCUUCCGGGCGGAGAACAUUCCGGUCCGGUUCUUCAAAGCAUGCCGGUGGUGUCGUCGGCAGAAGAUGCGCUGCGAUGCACGAAAUCAAGUCCCUUGCUUCCGCUGUCGCUCAACUGGCCGUGACUGUAUUCUCGAUCCCAUUGAAGACACCAGGAGACGCAGUGACCGUCGACGAAAAACGACCACCCCGGGACGUAACUCGGCAGUAGCUUCGCCGUUGGAUCAUCGAAGUGGUUUCCAUACACCUGCAUCAAGAGAACGCGAAUACUCUCCAGCUGCUGGGCAUGAUACUUCCUUCGAUGCUUCCAUCGACUUACUGCCAGAGGCAUCACCUUUCAGAGAACCUAGACGGUCUCAAACUGCUGAUCAUCAUGGACCGGAAUCGCAGCAACUAAGCCCAAAUGAUAUGGUUGCCCCGGCUUCGGCAGUUCAUUCGAUGUCUGUGAAUCUACUCGGUUCCGACGAUAUAUUUAUGGAAAAUUCAUCUGGUGGAGAUCCUCGGGGAGACAUCAUUGCUCGCGAUAUCAUCACGGAAGAACGUGCUCGGGUGAUGUACGAACGAUUUACCGGCGGUAUGAAGAAUUUCUUGGGUUUGUUUGAUCCGAUCCGAGACACAUUUGAUUCAAUACGGUCACGCUCCCUGUUUUGCUUCACUGUUAUCAUUUACUUGGCCAGCCGUGCCGUCGUGGAUCUCCGGAGCGAUACACAUAUGCAACGGGUUUUACAAGACGAGGCUCAGAGGUUGGCCGAAGAUAGCUUCUUUGAGCGCCCUACAAAGCUUGAAACAGUACAGGGAAUGAUUCUCCUGGCUGCAUACUCAGAGAAGACAUGGUUCUCCACCGCCCUCAUCUUGAGAACUGCAUUAGACUCUGGGCUCGAAAAGUCGCUCGACAGACUGCUGUCCCAAGAAGACGUCCCAAGAAGCUCGCUUUCAGCCUCCAUGGCAGAUCGUCAACUAGUGUGGCAAACGCGAACAUGGCUCAUCAGUUUCACUCUAGAAUUAGAUGUGGCCUCUGGAACAGGUCGAAAGUCGCGUAUCGGAGAGGUUGAUAUUAUGAAAUUGCGAAGGUUUCUGGACUAUCCACUUUCUCUUCCAUCUGACAUGCGAACAGUGUGCAUUGUUGAACUCCAUCAACUUCGAGGGAGCUCCCGUAUGGUGAUCGAAAGCUGCGGAGAAAUCCGUGACAUUGUGUCAACGGAGCUACCAGCCAUUAUGGCGAGAUUACAAAGCUGGUGGACCACAUGGGAUGAAAUUCACAUGAAUAAUGGAUUCCAUGCGGGAGCUUUUCAACGAAGUAGCUUAAAGCUUAUGCUUUUAUAUGCUAGGAUCUUCGUCUUUUGUGCUUCGCUGGCCCGCAUUCAGAAAUUACAGCCUACUUCGUCUAAUUCUGAUACUGAGACCAUCGAUCAGGAUGUCCUGAAUUUGUGGCAGUCACUCAUUGCCACGAUUAUGGACCAGAUGGCAUUUUUAAUCAAUGAGCCAGCCUACCGAUGUCAGCUGUCAUGGGCACCGACCUACCCGGCCCUAACAAUUGCCUUUGUCACGACUUUUGCGCUUCGCAUUGCACGCUGGCGCCCAAACAUGAUAGACCAAGACCUUCUUUUGGAAAGAGCGGAAAAGAUCUGCGACUUCUUGAAGCAGCCGCCCUACCCGGACAUCCACCGCACCGUCUCUAUCUUCGUGAACUAUGCACGUGCUCUCAUUGCGAGCCAGCGUCCACAGAGCAAUGACAGCGCGGAAGGGCCUAAUGUAUCGGAGCAAGGCGAUGGGUCCGUGCCUUCUUACAGGGGCCCUGAUAGUCCCGUGCCGAACCCCCCUCCUUUGGCAACACUAGAUCCUCGCUACAGACCCGGGACUUCCAUUCCAAGUAGCAAGGAUCCAAGCAUUGCCCCGCUUCCAAACAACGAUACAGCUGCGACAGCUAGACCGCCACUUCCAAGACUUCCAGAUACAAUGGAAGCUCCCAACUGGACUAUGUCCAACUCUAUUGCGGAUUCUUUCGGUCUAUUUGAAGAGGGACAAAACGAUAUAUUCGAUUUCCUACCAAUGAUGCCUUCACUGCCACAAUAG